AUGUGUGUGAUGGCAAUGAGGUGGAGAGUGUGGUCAAGCCCUGUGGCUCAGUCCCUGGCCAUGCUCAAGGGACCAGGCCAAGUAAGGACCUGCCACAGCGGGAGUGUGUCUACUGGAAGAGAGACACUUUUCUCAGAGAGCAGCUCCAGCAUCAGACCCUUUAGUGAAAUCCCUGGACGGUGGAAGAACAGCCUUGGAAACCUGUACACCUUCUGGAAACUGGAUGGCUUUCGGAACAUCCAUCACAUUAUGGUGCAUAACUUCAACACUUUUGGGCCAAUUUAUAGAGAGAAAAUUGGAUAUUAUGAAAGCGUGAACAUCAUCAGCCCUGAAGAUGCUGCUAUCUUAUUCAAGGCAGAGGGUCACUAUCCCAAGAGACUUCAAGUAGAACCUUGGAUUUCCUACAGAGACUACAGGAACCGCAAAUAUGGUGUUCUUCUCAAGGAUGGAGAGGACUGGAGAUCUAAUAGAGUGAUUCUAAACCGAGAGGUGAUCUCACCAAAGGUGCAGGGCAACUUUGUGCCACUGCUGGAUGAGGUGGGCCAUGACUUUGUUGCUCGUGUCCAUAAAAAGAUUGAAAGAAGUGGCCAGAAUAAGUGGACCACAGAUCUCUCCCAUGAGCUCUUCAAGUAUGCAUUGGAAUCUAUCAGUGCAGUGCUGUAUGGGGAACGCCUGGGGCUUUUGUUGGACUAUAUUGACCCAGAGGCUCAGCACUUCAUUGACUGCAUCACUCUCAUGUUUAAGACCACCUGCCCCAUGCUAUACAUCCCUCCUACCCUGCUGCGCCGGCUAGGAUCCAAAGUGUGGAAGGACCAUGUGGAGGCCUGGGAUGGAAUCUUCAACCAGGCGGACCGCUGUAUCCAGAACACCUACAGGCAGCUGAGGAAGCAGUCUGGAACCCCAGGCAAAUACCCUGGAGUGCUGCCCAGCCUUCUGAUGCUUGACCGCCUGUCCAUUGAAGAGAUCAAGGCCAGUGUGACUGAGCUGAUGGCUGGAGGAGUUGACACAACAUCCAUCACUCUGUUGUGGACUCUGUAUGAGCUGUCGAGGCACCCUGACCUGCAGGAGGAGCUGAGGGCAGAGGUCACUGCUGCUCGUGCUGCCUCUCAGGGAGACACAGUGAAGAUGCUGAAAAUGGUGCCGCUGCUAAAAGGAGCUCUAAAAGAGACACUGAGGCUACAUCCUGUUGCAGUGAGCCUGCAGAGGUACAUCACUGAAGAUAUUGUGAUCCAAAACUACCAUAUUCCAUCUGGGACACUCGUGCAGCUGGGGCUGUACGCCAUGGGCAGGGACCACCAUGUCUUCCCUCAGCCAGAGCUGUAUCUGCCCUCUCGCUGGCUGAGGAAUGAGAGUCAUUACUUCAGGAGCUUGGGCUUUGGCUUUGGGCCUCGCCAGUGCCUCGGCCGUAGGAUUGCAGAGACCGAGAUGCAGCUUUUCCUCAUUCAUAUGCUGGAGAACUUCAAGAUUGAAAAGCAGAGGCAAGUGGAGGUGAGGAGCACCUUUGAGCUCAUUCUGCUCCCUGAGAAACCCAUCGUGUUAACUAUCAAGCUUUUGCACGGUUCCAGAUAG